CUAUUUUUUUUUUAAGAUAUAUAUAUAUAAUGUGAAAUAUAAAUACCAGUAACUUGUAAUUCGUAAUACUUAUAAAUACUUUAACACCACAACAUCAUGAGUGAAUUUAUAGAUCGUCCAAGAUCAGAAUUGACUGAACUCGAGUUACAAAAAUUAGAGGAAUUUGAGUUUACUCAUGGACCAAUGUCAUUAAUCCAAACAGCUGUGAAUAAUCAGACUCCUAUCGUUAUAUCAUGCAGAAAUAAUCAUAAACUAAUAGCUAAGGUCAAAGCUUUUGAUAGACACUGUAAUUUGGUGUUGGAAAAUGUAAAGGAAUUAUGGACCGAAACGGUGAAAAAUAGCAAAGGUAAGAAGAUUAAAUCAAUUUCAAGGGAAAGAUUCAUUUCUAAGUUAUUCCUUAGAGGUGAUUCUAUCAUCAUCAUAUUGAAGGCUUAAACUCCGCUAUAAAGGUCAUUUCCCUUAUUUCAUAACAUGUAUUAUUAUUAUUAUUAUCGACAUCUUAGAUAGAGUUCAAAUUAUUGCAUAUUAUUAUAUAUAUUGUUGGCGU